CUAUUAUUUACUCAAAUAAAAUUAAACAAUUUUUUUAGUGGUGAACGAACGCUAGUUGACGUCACUUUCAUCGGCCGCCCUUUCCGAAAUCUCUAUGGGCUCUUGAGUUCCGAUCGAACCCUAAAUCCCCAAAUCACCCAAUUUAUUCGCGUCUCACACUCACUUGCUUGGAGCACGCAGUUCGAUUGACCAUGAAAGAUCACGUGUUGUCUGUCAUUUGAAGUGGCAUCUGCAGAAUUUCUCACUCUCUGUUUAUGACUACGGUUGGUUGAGAAUGAUUACUGUGAUUGAAAAGAUGUAAAUCUUGUAGAGUAUUAGGCAGUACAGCUUUUGGAAUUGUCAUAUUCUUUGAAACAAUGGAGAACAUAGGAAUAACUGUCGGCCCAAAGGGCAUGAUUAAGAAGAAUGAGUUGGUACGGAUUAUUAUUCAGUGUUUAUAUUCACUGGGAUAUGUUAAAUCUGUGUCUUGUUUGGAAUCGGAGUCUGGCAUUACAUGCAAAUCCUCAGAGUUUGGAUCACUUGAAAGACAAGUACUGAAUGCAAAUUGGGAUGAUUGCAUAGAGAACCUUGAUAAGUUAAGUGGGCUGUCAGACGAGACCAGAGCUUCAGCGUUGUUCCUUGUUCUUGAGCAGUGUUUGUUGGAGCACUUGAAUUCUGGCGAGAUAUCCCUGGCACUGGACAUACUACGCAAAAAGUUUUCUACUUUGAAAGUUGGAAAAGAAAUGCUCCAUAAGCUUUCUCAUGAGUUGUUGUUGUUGCAAGAGUGGGGUUUGGGCUGUAUGAGUGGUGACGAAAUCGCUGAAUUGCGAAGAAGAUUGGUUUCAAAGCUGGAAAAAGUCUUACCGCCGCCGAUUACUUUACCUGAAAGAAGGCUGGAACAUUUGGUUGAAAUGGCUGUAUGCUCACAGAUUGACGGCUGCAUACACCACUGCUCAUCUGAAAAAAUAUCAUUGUAUACAGACCACCGCUGCAGUCGAAAUCAAUUUCCAACAGAGACAACACAGAUAUUGACUGAUCAUCAAAAUGAAGUAUGGUUUGUUCAGUUUUCCAACAGUGGGAAGUAUUUGGCAUCAGCAUCGAGAGAUUGCACGGCCAUUAUAUGGAAGGUGCAGGACGAUAACCGAGUGACACUGGAACACAUGUUACGCAGCCACAAAAAUCCAGUUUCCUUUGUGGCAUGGAGUCCAGAUGACACUAUGCUACUUACUUGCGGAAACAUUGAAGUCCUCAAACUCUGGGAUGUCGAAACUGGCACAUGCAAGCGCACUUUUGGCGACGAGGGCUUCAUAGUCAGUUCCUGUGCAUGGUUUCCUGACUCCAAGCGCCUUGUCUGCGGCAGCUCCGAUCCCAAGAAGGGCAUUUACAUGUGGGACUGCGAAGGCAACGAGAUCAAGGCAUGGAAAGGGAUGCGUAUGCCAAAAGUACUGGAUCUCGCCGUGACCCCAGAUGGGGAAAACCUUAUCAGCAUUUUCUCCGACAAAGAGAUACGGAUACUGAACCUGACCACCAGCACAGAACGCGUUGUUUCUGAAGAGCACUCGAUAACCUCUCUCUCGGUAUCAGAAGACAGCGAGUUUCUAAUUGUCAAUCUCAACAGCCAAGAGAUUCACAUGUGGGACGUUGCCGGGAGAUGGUCGAAACCCCAGAAGUACACGGGCCACAGGCAGCAGAAAUACGUCAUUCGAUCCUGCUUCGGUGGGUUGAACAACAUGUUUAUUGCCAGCGGCAGUGAAGAUUCCAAGGUGUACAUUUGGAACCGACGAAGCUCCCACCCGAUCGAGAUCCUCUCCGGCCACAAGAUGACCGUAAAUUGUGUGAGCUGGAACCCAAGACGGCCCGAGAUGCUGGCGUCGGCGAGCGACGACAACACGAUACGCAUAUGGACACCGAUCGAUCCGAAACGGGCGAAAUAAAAACUGAGGUAGCAAGUUUCAUGUGGAGCUUUCCUUGCAUUUUUCCUUCUCUUGUGGUGACUAUGUACGUAUCAGCUUUACCUGUUUUGACAUGUACAUAAUAUGAUCACAGGGAACUUUUGAUUUCUAUCAUGUUUUGGUUGCUUAGCUUUGUCUAAAUUAAUGAUUAUUUAGGAAUGGGAAGAAUACAUUUUUGUUGUGUUA